UGUCUUUGUGUGACAUGUCGCUUUCGUUCGUUUCGUUCGCCGACAAUGCAGACGACUUUUACGACGACGACGACGACCAUAACGACAUCGACAAUGACAAUGACAAUAAAAGCAACGACAAUGCCAAGCGCAAUGAUGGUGCAUCCACAAACAAGCAAGAAGCGAGCUCAGGCGCAAGAUUGACCGAGCGACACGAGGACUCUGCGGCGCGCGAGAACGAGGCCGAGCGACUCACGCGGGCACUCGCCGCGCUGCUGAGCCAGGCAGCCAUCACGGCAGCUGACGACAAGCCCAGCGCGACGGUUGCCCCCGAGGACGACGGGCCGCGUCCGUGGGUCGACAGCCAGGGCAACCGCUACGUGCUGGCCAAUCCAGUUGCCAAAGUAGUCCAACUGACAAGUAGCAGCACGAGGACGAGUGCUGCUCAAGCCAGUCAAGAAACUGCGCCUCACACGGCCGACGCAUCUGGUUCGAUGCACGAAGCUGCAGCAGCGUCGGACGCUCUGCCAGAGUCGUGGGAGGACGACGAGGCGGUUGUUGCGCGCGCGACCAAGUUCGCAGCUGCUCAGACUUCAGCACAGACACCGGCAGCUCGCAUUCUAAAACCACCGCGGCAGAUGGAGCCGAUUCAGUCAUCACCUUCCCAAGAAAACAAGCAACAGGCACCACCACCACCACAGCCUCGAUCAAGCGUAGAAAGCGAGCCGCUCUUGCUCAUCAACUGGACCAAAUUAUCUGACGGCCUGCUCGUCAAGCCCGAUUCCUCCGCAAGCACGUCGCGCCUCGAGAGCCAAAACAGCAUCAAGGACGCCCUCGUGUCCGAGUUGUGGGAGUCGUUUGAAAACUCGUGCGAGCAACUGUUUGCCAGCAAUACAGCCCAACACACCACCUCCGUUUCCUGGGUGGACGAUCUCGACAUUGUCCAACUGCGGCAUCCGGACGAUUUGAUUGGCACACUUGGCUAUCCGACCGCACUAGGAGCGGGUCGUGUGACCACCCGUGAUGCUUGGCAGUUUGUUAACACACCAGCCAAAUGGUCUGCAGCCACCGCGUUGCGCCAAGUAGUUGCACAGUGCUCCCGACCUCUUUCGUGGAAGAUGAUGAUUUGCCUGGAAAUUGACAAUUUGGCCGCAACGCACGAGAUCAUGAAUGCCCACGAGACGACUGCCUCGUCAUUGGGAAACGAGCUACCUCCAAUCGCGACCGAGGUCGGCAAUAUGAAAGUUCUCGACAAAAUUCUAGCUCUUGUGCUCGAGCGUUUACCCCACGGCGAUAGUGGCGAAGACUUGUCGGCGCAUUACGAGCAAUGCGCUAUCAAGCACAAGCUGUUACGAGAGAUGUGGUUUUCAACGUUCGGCAGCUUGCCUUGACAACAACAACAACAACAACAACAAAAAAAAACAAUUGAAAAGUCUCUCUCGAGUUUUGACCUUCUUAGUAGAUCUCCAAUUUUCAAGAAGAUCAUCUCCACAGACACAAACUAGAUCAGCGCGACUCCAGAAGCAGCCCGAAUUAGACAUGCAACACAACAUACUUUCAAACAAUAAAGUUCACGGAACAAAAGUCUUGGUGUACGUGCCCU